CCGGCUAUAAAAUCAUGUCCCGAUGUAACAUUUCGAUCAUACAAGCGUCUCAGUUCAGAACAUCACCAUGAAGUGCUUGUUCAUCUUUACCUUGGUAACGGUGGGUGCCCUGACGUGCCCCACAGAGGGAUGUAUGUCAGAAGCUCAUAACGCGAACCAAAAAUCUAACAGCAACGACAGCCACGAGUCACAUGAGGAUGAACACGUCACGACGGUCAAAUCCGUCCCUGUGGCAAACGGAGCUCAUACUUUUUCCAUUAUCCCAGCCAAAUCUGUCGUCGUUAUUGCUUCUGAGAAAACCGCAACUGUUUCUGAAACAACGAACAAACCUGCAGCUCCCGAGAUGAUUCAUUCAACCCCCCUGACCGCUACCCCAGUUAUCUCGACCAACACAGAUCACAUUCAAUUGAAUGCAACCACCGCUCUGCCAGUAUCUUCCACCCAAAAACCAGCCCUUGUUUUUGCCGAAACAACCAACAAAGCUGUCCCGACUGCAGUUACUGCGCAUCAGAUUAUCACGGCGACUCCGAUGGUCGAAGAAGUGAUGUCGGUGAAGCCUGCCAUUCUUUCUUUGAAUGCUACAGAUAAAUCUGUCAAUGUUACCGUUGAAACAGUUAGCAAAGCAACCUUCACAACUGCCGCUCCGAUGGCAAACACAAAUGCGGCUAUUGCUGAACAUUCGACUGAAAAACCAGCAGUUCAGGUUGUUCCAGAGAUAACCAAGCUUACCACUGCUGCUUUAGUCAAUUCCACUGAAAAACCUGCAGUCCAAAUUGUUCCAGAGAUGACCAAACUUACCACUAUUGCUGCGGUAAAUUCUGAUGAAAAACAUGCAGUCCAAAUUGUUCCAGAAUUGGCUAAGUUUACAACUGCUGCUGAAAUAAGUUCCACUGAAAAACCUGCAGUCCAAAUUGUUCCAGAGAUGACCAAACUUACCACUGCUGCUGCGCAAAAUUCUACUGAAAAACCUGUAGUUCAAACUGUUCCAGAGGUUACCAAGCUUACCACUAUUGCUGCAAUAAGUUCUACUGAAAAACCUGCAGUCCAACCUGCUCCAGAAUUGGCCAAGCUUACCACUGUUGCUGCGGUAAAUUCUACAGAAAAACCAGCAGUCCAAAUUGUUCCAGAAUCGGCUAAGCUUACAACUGCUGCUGAAAUAAGUCCUACUGAAAAACCUGCGGCCCAAGUUGUUCCAGAGAUGGCAAAGCUUACCACUGUUGCUGCGGUAAAUUCUACUGAAAAACCUGCAGUUCAAACUGUUUCAGAGGUGACCAAGCCUACCACUGCCGAAACUACUGUUGCUGCGCAAAAUUCUACUGAAAAACCUGCAGUCCAAGUUGUUCCAGAGAUGGCAAAGCUUUCCACUGUUGCUGCGGUAAAUUCCGUAAAUUCUACUGAAAAACCUGCCGUCCAAACUGUUCCAGAAAUGGCCAAGCUUACAACUACUGCUCCGCAAAAUUCUACAGAAAAACCAGCCCAUUUUGCGGUGGAGCCCGUCACGGUUGUCUCUGCAAUUCCAACUGAAAAACCAACUCACGUAGCCGAAUCGAUGAGUAACAACACAACUGCCGAGGUAACUACAGUUAAGACGACUCCUUCCACAUUUGUCGUUAAUACUGAAGUUCCUAUGCCAAUCCGGCGGGACAAAAGACAAGCUAAUAACAUGACGACAAAGAAGCCUGAAACUAUCACGAUGAAGCCUGUCGCUACCACGAAAAAACCGAUUGCUACCACAAAGAAACCCUCGGUACCAAGUAACACAACUCCGGUUUUCGGUCGAAAAGUUUCGACUAGGGCCCCGAUCCCGGUGACACGUCGAGCUCGCCAGGGUACGACCGUUCGUCCAAGCGCCACAGGAUCACGUGUGACGACUAGAAAACCAGUCAACCCAACAACUAGACAACCAGUUAAACUUUCACCAAUGCAGUCGACUGUCAACACGCCAGUAACGACGAAGCCGCUUCCAGUUACACCGAAAGUCUAACGCAACUUUGAGGACAACAGAAAUUCUAACGCUAAAUAAUUAAAUAUAAAGCACUAAAUCCUUUCACUAAUUUAACUAAAAACUAACGUUGAACUUUUGUUCAAGCGGAGCUAGGUUCGAUUCUCUUAUCAGUUUUCUCAUUGGUGAAUUUGUCAAUAAAAUUUGAACUAAACUGGA